AUGCGGCUAUACUACAGCCAAAAAUUCAAACUUAAAGCGGCACAUAGCCAGUCGCCACCAGGGCACGGCCAAACGCCACCAUUGCUACCGAGUCCACCACCGCCACGCCGGGUGUCGUCUGUCCCCAUUUUCGGGCACAUUCCCUUCCGGGUCCAAUUUCUGAGCGAAGGCCAGAGAAAUGCCUUCCUCAGAAAAAAGGGGUUAAUUUGGCGCACACCCGGAGCACAGAAGGCUGCUUUCCUCCGGCGCAUUGGGGAUGUGAUUGCCGACGACAACAUGCUUGUCAAAUACCCAGUCUGCCUCUUACCAUGUACAAAGCAGUCAAUUGGCAAGGAGGUUAUAGGCAUGUGAUGCACUGGCAAGUGGUGG